CUGACGGACAAGAUGGCCGUCAACUGCGGAAAAGUGCAAAAAGUCCUAAGAUUUUUUUAAACUAAAUUGAUUUUAAGCGCAUUUAUCAUGAAAAUAACUUCUAUAAAAUAUAAUAUUUGUGUUUCCGACGAAUUAAUUAUGAAAUAGUAACUGUAGUAACUGGCGGAAGCUUUUCUAAAAAUCAACCAUGGCGCUGUCGGAAAAGGAAAGUGUUGCGGGUGAUAUUGAAACCACAGUUUCUGAAGAAGAAGCGCGGUCCAAAGACGGGACGUGCCCGCGUGUUUUGUCCCAGGAGGAGCUGGACGGGCUCCGCGGGGAGCGGGCGCUGGUGUCCGACUUCAAGCUGAUGAAGUUGGAGAAAGAAGCUCAGAAGAACUGGGACUUGUUCUACAAAAGAAACACGACGAACUUCUUCAAGGACCGACACUGGACCACCAGAGAGUUUGAGGAGCUGAAGGCCCGCAGAGAGUUUGAGUCCCAGAGGCUGGUGCUGCUGGAGGCCGGCUGCGGCGUGGGGAACUGCAUCUUCCCUCUGCUGGAGGACGACCGCCACAUCUUUGUUUACGCCUGUGACUUCUCGCCGCGAGCGGUCGAGUUUGUGAAAAAGAACCCUCUGUACUGCCCCGAGCGCUGCUCGGCCUUCCAGUGCGACUUGACCUCCGAUGACCUGAGGGAAAACGUGCCGCAGGGCAGCGUGGACAUCGUCACCCUGAUCUUCGUCCUGUCGGCCGUCCACCCCGACAAGAUGACGCUGGCUUUGCAGAACAUCAGCAGGGUGCUGAAGCCCGGCGGCGUCGUCCUGUUCAGGGACUACGGCCUGCACGACCACGCCAUGCUCCGGUUUAAAGCCGGCAGCAAGCUGGGGGAGAACUUCUACGUGCGGCAAGACGGAACCAGAUCCUACUUCUUCUCUAAAGAGCUCCUGGCCGAGCUGUUCGCGGCCGCCGGCCUCCAGUCGGUUGCCAACGACUACGUCCUGAGGGAGACGGUCAACAAGAAGGAGGGGCUCUGUGUCCCCAGAGUGUUUCUGCAGAGCAAAUUCACCAAGCCCGGCCAAUCGGAGAGCUCCUGAUGCCGUCAGCCUCAUCGAUGUUGUGGGCCGACGUCUCCUGGUUGAUCUUGAAUGUAUUGACUGCACCCUUCAAACCACGAGGGAGAUCCAGGCUGAGCAGGAAUAUUAAUAACGCCUCAUCGACAGGUGAAGACUGCCUUCACUGGGAAACUCGUGGAACUACGUGAAGCUGAAGCGCACGCCGCGGCCUAGCAGAGCCCUCAGUGAACGUGGUUUAGUGGUUCAGGUCCGGUUCCACCUGAAGUUCUCUGUGAGCCGCCCUGAGGGCCAACUGGUAUUUCUUUACUCCUCAGUCCCCCUGACGUUACGCUACAGGGAUCAUUUGUCUGUCUACAUAAAAACAAACAAAAAGUC